AUAAUAAUAAACCAUAAAAUCCUUAAUGGAUUGUGUUUAUUGUCAGCAGGACGUGUAUGUGUCUCACGACUGAAUAUAUUCGCUCUGAAAGCGGCUGAACUUUCUUGGCCAAUCCCAGUGCAGGUCGCGGUUGAAAGAAAGAUGGCUAUAGAUUGGAUUGGUUUUGGCUAUGCUAUCCUUUUAGCUGUUGGAGGCUACAUGGGAUAUUCUCGCAAAGGAAGCAUAGUAUCUUUGGCUACAGGUCUUGCCUUUGGUUUGCUUGCUGGUUAUGGUGCAUACUGUGUGUCACGUGAUCCAACAGAUAUCAAGAUAUCAUUGAUUGUAGCUUUUACUCUGGCUGUAGUGAUGGGUCUGAGAUUCAAUCACUCUAGGAAAAUAAUGCCUGCUGGGCUUUUGGCAGGUAUCAGCUUAUUCCUGAUCUUGCGACUGGUACUAAAUGUUCUUUAAGUUCAAGACCUGCUGGGGAACUUUAUUCACAUCACUUGGCGGCCUUGAAACUAUGUGGCUCCUACAAUACCAACAAUUUCUAACACGGAAUUUGCACUGAUUCUUCUUCUUCCAGAUCUACAAUGAAUAUUUACUUUUUUUUUUUUUUUUCUCAUUUUGAUUCUUUCUUAGCUGGGUAUAAAUGUUAAUUAAAUGUAUCCAACCCCUUUAUGGCUAAAAAUGUAUUUGAUUAUCUGGCUAAACACAAGCCAACAACAACUAUGUAUGGGGCCAAAAACAACUAGACUUUAGAUAAAGAAAUAUCUAUUAAGCUGGCCAUAGACGCAAAGAUCUGAUCGUACGAAUCGAGAAUUCGUAUGAUUUUCGGAAAGUCCCAUCAU